AUGUGGCAUGACAAGCCUGCCGUCAUUAUCGACAACGGGUCAGGCCAUGUCAAGGCUGGGGUCGCUGGCGAAGAAGCUCCGCGGUGUGUUUUCCCAGCAGUCGUCGGCAAGCCAAAACAUGCUGCAAUGAUGCCAGGCAGUGACAAAAAAGAAUACUAUCUCGGUGAAGAAGCCAUGGGCAAGCGCGGCGUGCUCUGCUUAUCGUAUCCAAUUGAGCAUGGCAUUGUCAAAGACUGGUCUGAGUUGGAGAAGGUGUGGCACCAUACUUUUUUUGAUGCACUACGUGUCAAUCCAGAAGAUCAAGCCUGCGUGGUGAGCGAGGCACCCAUGAAUCCAAAAAAGAACAGAGAAAGGAUGAUCGAGAUGUUGUUCGAGAAGUUUAGUUGUCCUGCAGCUUACAUCGUGAUCCAGGCGGUGAUGUCUUUAUACUCCUAUGGCCGCACCACUGGAACAGUGGUGGACUCUGGUGACGGUGUGACCCACACUGUGCCGGUGUAUGAAGGUUAUGCGUUGCCUCACGCCAUUCAGCGGUUGGACCUUGCUGGCAGAGAUCUAUCGGAGUACAUGAUGAAGAUCCUUCACGACACUGGUCACAACAUGACAUCGUCCUCCGAGAAAGACAUUGUCCGAGAGAUGAAGGAGACAAGCUGUUACGUCUGUACUGGUGACUGGAAGUCUGAGAUGCAGUCUGCCAAGGAGCGGCCCACAGACUAUGAGAAGAUCUUCACCCUUCCGGAUGGCCAGCAGGUGCCCCUUGGCUCCGAGCGCUUUCGGGUUCCAGAGGUCAUGUUUGAUCCGAUGAUUGCAGGGAGAGAGCUUCCGGGGCUGCAUCAGUCCAUCUACCGAUGUAUCCAGGCCUGCGACAUAGACCUUCGAAAAGAUCUCUUCAAGAACAUUGUGCUGAGUGGAGGCAACACUAUGUUUCCCGGCAUAGCUGAUCGGCUGGAGUCCGAGCUCAAGGCUCUGGCUCCACAGAAAAUCAGCGUCAAGGUGAUAGCAAGUCCACAGCGAAGGUACAUCGUUUGGAUGGGAGCCUCCAUCCUGACUCGACUUUCGCAUUUCCAGAAUAUGUUGAUUUCGAAGGCAGAGUAUGACGAUGUGGGCCCGGCCAUUGUUCACAGCAAAUGCUUCUGA